AUGGCAUCCACAACACCUUCCGGAAACGCCGCCAGAACACCGAGGGCUCUUCAUCCCACACGAUCUUUCACUCGCAUGGAAUCCCCGUCUGCUAACCCUACUUUACGAAGUAGAGCAAAGACAAUGCAAGCACUCGGCACAUCCGGAGCAGACCCUCAUGACGAUGCUUCUACCUUGGAGCAGGUGAAUGAUGAACCAGAACAAGGGCUCGAUGUUUUUGAAAAGCGCGAUUCGGUGGACUCGGAACUAGAAAGUGCUGCACAAGACCAGUCUCUGGGAGAGCCACUUGGUCAAGAAGGAAUGCAUGAGCUUCCAAUCGAGUUAGCCAGCUUGACUGAUAGAUUCGUUCAGUCUUUAAGCGCCAGAGUCCAUUCAACACCCCCAUCGAUUGAAAGAAUAUGCACGUUAUUUCAGGAAUUUUAUGUUCGAGCGGAUUCGCACAUAGCUACACAUAUUUCAACUCUGGCCUCCCGCAUCAACCGCGAUGGCUCCCUUUCCAAUGCUUCCCAGAAAGACAUGGGCAAAGGGACCACGACGCAUCAGAUGCUCACUGCUUCUGAAGUAACUGAGAGACGAAAAGCGCGGAAACAGUUACCCUUUAAACGCCUUGCUUUGGAGGAAACUGUGGAGAGACGAGCAUGUGAACGUGUCUACGAUAAGAUUUGGCGUCACAAGAGCACUCUUGAUGAAGUUCGGGAUGAGAAACUGCGCUCCAAGACAGCUGCCAUGUCUCUUCUAGGAAUUGGAUUGAAAGACCUUGGGAUUGAAGUUCCUGGGGCAAGUGAAGAAAAAGAGAACGAUGCCAGUUCACGGUUGUCACCGGCUCGUGAAAGCUUGAGUAAAAUGAACGAAUGCAAGUACCCGUUAGGAAAGCUCCAGUGUCUAAUUGCAGCACAUAAAGCAAUUGUGGAUACCCUGACUGCUCUUCUUGGGUCGUCUUCCUCGGCUGAUGAAAUUCUUCCAACUUUGAUAUAUACGUUGAUCACGUCUCCACCAGAGGGUAUCAAUGUGAUCAGUAAUCUUCUCUUCAUUCAACGAUUUAGAUCCGCCAACAAGAUAGACGGAGAGUCUGCUUAUUGUUUGACCAAUCUAGAGGCCGCCAUCACUUUCCUAGAGGCAGUAGAUCUCUCCAGUCUAAGUGCAGAUUUGCCUACCGAUGGCCAACCACGACUUUUGAAUGCUGCAACUACCGGGGUCUCAGAAUCUGUUGGAUCUGCUCGUCAUUCUAGGACGUCUUCGGAUGCUGCUGUAACUGAUUUACCAGCUACUGGAGAAUUCUCAAAGUCCGGCAGAGACACAGCGUCUGCCACACUAUCCAAGUCUCAACUCACCGCACCAACCCCUCAACAACGGCGCCUAAGUAAUCUAUUCCAACCGCCUGCUAAGGUCCUCGGUGCUGCAAAUGAUGUAGUUCGUAACACUGCCGAUCAAGGGCUGAAAAACAUCAGCAACGCGCUGGAUAACAGCUUCAACUUUGUUAUUGGUCGAAUGAAAGAAAUGCAAUCCAGCCGUGGAAACGAACAACCUCUCGUGCCUAAGACACUAGAUGAAGCUCGACGUCUCGUAACAAGUCCUUCUAUACUAAACGACGAUGAAUUAGCAAGUGAAAGUCCAAGUAUAGAUCCUGCCAGCAGACCAAUAGCAUCCUUGAAACCCGAAGAUCGACGGACCAGUGGAAAUGACGCCCAAAGGGCUCCAAGGGAUAGGAGUGCAGACAGUGCGCGAAGUGGCGAAAGCAGGACACCAGGAAUCGUACCCCGGCUCAAUUCACGGGAGAACAUUACUCCCAGCCCAAGCGGUGGCAGUUCAAUAUUCAACUCAAGUCCUGCUACUACACCAUUAGAAUCGAUGAAGAAUUUUGGCAACACAUUCAACCCACUCAAUCACAUUCCCGGCAUGAUCAGAGGUCUGGGUCGCAAUACCCCGGAGGCAGCUGCCAGCAGCGGACCAUCUCCCGUACCAGAUCGUGCCAAAAGGGUUCAGACUGCGGAUGUACAAUCAUCAGGCCUUGAAAGUACAGCGUCGUCAAGAUUAGACCCUCCAAUCAGAAAGUUCUUAGAGGUUCAGGAUGUUCGAGAUCUUCGCAUUGGCGAGGUUGCCGAGUUGCUUCAGGAUUAUAAAAGGCUUGCUACAGCGUUAUAUAGUCAGUCAAAUGACUGA